UUUUAUCGCGUGUCGCUGUGUCACAUCGCGUUUGGUUAGGACAUGGUGUUCAUUUGUACCAAAAUCAGACGUGACAGCUAUCUAUUUUGUCUUUAUGUUCAUAGGAGCUCUGUUGAUAUUGGGUGGUCUGAUGCUCAACCUGGUGGCCUCUGGGAUGCUUCUGCGUCCCCUUAAUGUAGCACCUCCUGCCUCUCCAACCUCAAACUCCAUCCUGCAGAUGGCUCCCGCUGGUCCCUUGAGCGGAUCUGAGAAAGACCUUUCUAAGAACAGCCUUAAUGGCAACACACCUCUGUCCAAUGUUUUUUCCAAAACUGACAGUUCACCCUCUGUUCGCAGGGACACGCUUAUCAUUGAGAACAUAGCACACGAACAGAAUCUGGAAAAUAAAAAACUCACCCAGAAUGGGGUAAAUGGAGCAGACAACAGCCAAAUUAAAGUUUCCCCUGACAUGAAUGGGGUAUCUCCUGUAGAUGGUUUACUUGAAAAGACCAGAACUGAAACCCCACCUGAAAACCCCCCAAAAGUGUUGGACUUCUCUCUGUUGAAGAACCCUUUCUUUUGCAUCUACACCUGGUCGCUGGUCUUCAGUCAGUUGGCUUAUUUUAUCCCAUACUUCCAUUUGUCUGCAAGAGCACGGAAUCUGGGCAUUGACCCCAUGGAUGCCUCCUACAUUAUCUCCGUGGCAG